AUGAGUGGCGGUUACGGUCAGAACAACCCUUAUGCGCAACAGGGCAGCUACAACCCCAAUGACAACUACGGUGCCAGUGGCGGAUAUGGCGGCGGCGCGCCAGGCGCGGGGAACACUUAUGAAAUGGGCAACAUGAACGGCGGCUCGCCCGGCUACGGUGAAUCACCGCAAGAGUUCUUUGCCGAAGUCAACGAGCUCAGAGAAGGCAUUGAAACCGCAAAGGGCAACAUCUCACGCAUCGAGGCGCUCCACCAACGCUCACUGACGGAUGUCGACGAGUCCGCCUCUUCGCAGACUCAGCACCAGUUGGAUUCCCUUGUCGCUGAGACCUCGGCGUUGAACAAGAACUUGAUGAACAGGAUCAAGAGGCUCAAGGGCAAGGCUGCUUCAGAUCCCUCAAAGGCUCCUCAGGUCGGAAACUUGGAUAGGAACUUCAAGGAAACUUUGAGGAAGUACCAGCAGGUGGAAGCUGCUUACUCAAAGCGGUCAAAAGAGCAGAUGGCCAGGCAAUACAGGAUUGUCUGUCCAGAGGCGACGGAGGCAGAAAUUGAGGCAGCUUGUAACGACAGCCAGGGCGCACAGAUCUUCUCGCAGGCAACUGUUGGCAACCGUCGUGGCGAGGCCCGUUCAGCUCUUCGUGAAGUCCAGACUCGACACAACGAAAUUCAGCGUAUCGAAAAGACCAUCAUCGAACUCGCGGACCUGUUUAACCAAAUGGAGCAGCUUGUAGAGGAGCAAGAAACCAUGGUCGAGGUCAUUGAUCAGCGUGGUGAAGAAAUUCAGACAAACGUCGACCAAGCGCAGGAACAGAUAGGACAGGCGGUGGAAAAGGCGCGCUCAAGGAGACGCAAGAAGUGGUGGUGCUUGUUGAUAGUCCUCCUCAUCAUCAUCGCAAUUGUCGUCAUCGCCGUUGUGGUGACAAAGGUCAAUGGGAUGUGGUGA